CUCAAUAGAUUGCAGUAAUGUCUGGAAGAGGCAAAGGUGGUAAAGGACUCGGGAAAGGAGGCGCUAAGCGUCAUCGCAAAGUUUUGCGUGAUAACAUCCAGGGAAUCACCAAACCCGCCAUCCGUCGUCUUGCUCGUCGUGGCGGUGUCAAGCGUAUCUCCGGUUUGAUCUAUGAGGAGACUCGCGGGGUCCUGAAGGUUUUCUUGGAGAACGUGAUCCGCGAUGCUGUUACCUACACUGAGCACGCCAAGAGAAAGACCGUCACCGCCAUGGAUGUCGUGUACGCUCUAAAACGCCAGGGACGCACCCUGUACGGCUUUGGAGGUUAAAUAGAUUGGUCCUGUCAUUAAAAAAAAACAAAAAACA